AUGGCUUUCUACUUUGGAGCAACUCCUCCUGGCUCCUACAGGUGUGUGGGGUGGCAGGGGUGGGGGUGGGGGCAGGGAGGGCAGGGGAGCUGGGGGGUUUGCCUCCCUCCCAACGCGGUGGAGUUGGGGGGCAGCAGUUGGAGGAGCACCAGCAGCUUCGGAUCGCCACAGCUCAUGGCUUUCUACUUUGGAGCCAUCCCACCUAGCUCCUACAGUGGUUCAGCUGCUUCCUCCCUGUCUAGCACCUGGGGCAUGCCUGCUGGGCUGGCCAUGCUUCCACCCCUCCUUCUACCCCUCUUCACCCCUCUGUACCCCUAUGUCUCUUACUUUGCCCUCUUUGCACUGCUGUUCACCCCUCUGCACCGCAGUGACUCGGCUGCCUCCUCCCUCUCUAGCUCCUGGGGCAUGCCUGCUGGGCUGGCCAUGCUUCUACCUCUCGCUCUACCCCUGCUCACUCCUCUAUACCCCUCUCUCUUACCCUGCCUCACCCCUCUCAACCGCAGUGGUUCGGCGGCCUCUUCCCUGUCUAGCUCCUGGGGCAUGCCUGCUGGGCUGGCGAUGCUUCACCAGCAGCAGCAGCAGGGGGAGAAGAAGGAGAAGGAGAAGGAGGAAGGAGCAGAGAAACAGGCAGGGGACGCAAAAGAAGGCGAGAAGAAAGACAGCGAGAAGGAGGCAGAUGCAGGGAAGGAGGGUGUGAAAGAGAAGGACCAGAAGCGGGGCAAGGGGGGAGGACUCCUAAGCCCACCCAAGGGCGUCACCCCCCUCCCCUUCGCCCCUGGCUCUGCCCCUACGGAUCUCUCCCCACUUGCCCCUCUCUCCCUCCCCUCUCCCCCCCCCUACCAGGUACUCGUCCUUCUACAAGAGGCGUCUCAAGUGUACUCCUCAUUCUACAAGAGGUGUCCCGUUUGUCAAGCCUUUUGUCCGUUGCCCGCUUCUCAUCCCCCUCGCACACCUCUGGCUCCUCUUCCCCCCCCCACCCCCCCCAGGUACUCCUCCUUCUACAAGAGGUGUCUCAAGGAGCGCAAGAAGCUCGGCAGCGGCCGCUCUGAGGAGAUGAACACGCUGUUCCGCUUCUGGUGCUACUUCCUGCGCAAGAACUUCAACCAGCAGAUGUACGACGACUUCAAGAGGCUCGCCACGGAGGACGCGGCUUCCAAGUACUAUUACGGCAUGGAAUGCCUCUUCCGCUUCUACAGCUAUGGGCUGGAGUCCAAGUUCGAGGAGCCCAUGUAUGUCGACUUCGAGCAGCUGACUCUGGACAUGUACCAGCAGGACGGCAACUUGUACGGGCUCGAGAAGUACUGGGCAUACCACUUUUAUCGCAAGGACAAGGACACGCGGGAGGUGAAGAAGCACCCGGAGCUCGAGAAGAUUCUCAGCGAGAAGUUCCGAACCAUGGCUGACUUUAGGGCUGCUAAGGAUGCUCAGAAACGCGCCCUGGCUGAAGCCCAGGCCAAGGCGAAGGGGGAGAAAGCGGGUGGGGAGAAGGGGGGAGGGGAGAGGGGGGAGAAGGAGAAGGUGGAAGGAGGGAAGGAGGGGGAGAAAGGAGAGGGGGAAGGCGCUGCUGCUGCAGAGGCAGGAGGUGGGGCCGUGGAGGGAGGAGCAAAGGGGGAGGAUGGAGGGAAAGAGGGAGGUGUAGCAGAUAAGGCAGAGGACGGCGGAGCAGCAGCAGCAGCAGCAGCAGCAGAGUCAACAACAUAG